CAAAAGACAGACAUAGCAAGACGGAGUCUGCUAUCGUUGAGUUUCUCUCCAAAUUAUUGAACCUUGUGAUAUCCGGCUCAGUCUUGCUCUAAACCAGGAAACUUAACCUCUAUUACAUUCUGAGCUUCGGUCGGACGCCGAGUCAUACCAAAACGACCUUUUCCCCUCCGCCCCCCCCGCGUCAAAUUUCCGUCGCAAAAUCUGUAUGGUCCAGAAAUCGACUUGCGACUCUAUAUAUUAUUCUCGCGUCCGACAAUAUUCUGGCUUACAGCAGAAUUGCACAUUAUUAAAAUGCCGCAUUCGAUUCCAGUCCCCAACACGGGCAUUCAAGCCCUCAUCCUCUGCGGUCCCGGAGUCAGCUUGAACACCUUCACCUCAAAUGAAGACUCUCCUAAGGCUCUGGUUCCGAUCGCAAACAGGCCGAUGAUCUACUACCCCCUAGAUUGGUGCUAUCGCAUGGGAAUCACAAAUAUCACAAUCAUCACGCCUUCCGCGAUCAAGCAGCCCUUAGAAAGUGCUAUGGGCACGAAUCCAUACUUGACCUCCCUUCCGUCCCCUUCGCCGUCGAUCCUAUCGCCGCCUGAUCUGACCAUGACCACCGGAACGGCGGAACUGCUCCGCCUCCCCGAAGUCCAGUCAUGCAUCAAGUCCGACUUCCUGCUCCUUCCCUGUGACUUGAUUUGUGAUAUUCCAGGAGAGUCAUUCAUCGAAGCAUGGAUGGCACAAAGCGCGCUAGGGAGCUCGGACGGACCGAAGACCGUUGGUUUGGGAUGUGGUAGUCCCCGUGGUGGUCUCGCAAUGUUUUACCAAACCAAGGGUCAAGAGGAGAGUGUGAAAGGGGAGGCCACGGACUUUGUUGCUACCGUUCCUCUGGAAGAAGAUGAGGCUCCCGCCGUGUCUCACCCGCUAGAUGGACCAGCUGCUUUGCGGUUCGGACUGUCGAAGCUGGCUCUCUCCAUGCCGAUGGAUACACUGAAGGAGAAUAUGCAGGAGCAGAAGGGCUUACUCAUUCGGCACUCCUUGGUCAAGAAGCAUCCUCGCAUCAAGCUACUCACAAGCUUUAGGGACGCCAACUGUUAUCUUUUCCCUCACUGGGUAUCCCAGUUCUCGCGCCUCAACGAGCCAUUUGAAAGUAUCAGUGAAGAUCUUGUGGGAUGGUGGGCGAAGGCCGGGUGGCAGACAGGUCUUGGGGAAAAGCUACAUCUGAGAGAGAUCCUUCAGCCAGACAACAAAGGAGAGAGCGGCAGCCAGGACGGAGAUUCGCUGGAGGAUGAAAUUGAUUUGAACUCCAUGAUUUCUACGAAACCCGGGGCUGGUGUCUCCCGCGACGGGAGCAUCACUGAUGAUAUUCAGUUCGCCUCUCGCGUCAGAAACCCUGAUGCUAAGGAUGCAGAUAGCGCCGAGCCUCUGCACGUUCCUCCGAUCCUGGCAUACAUGCACUCUUCCAGAGCUUCGGCGCCAUUGGUUCGGCGUGUUGACAGCUCCGCCUUGCUGUUGAGCGUAUCCCUGAAGCUGGCUAAACUGGAAGCCAUCGAGGAAGUUGGUCGCGUCGCCGCAUCUCCCUUCGCUCACAACCAGAAGAUCAACGGCACUUCAAAUGUGGCUCAGAGAUGCACGGUCACCAAAGCUGACUGCUUGAUUGAUAUGAACACCACCAUUAAUGAGAAGUCGGUGGUCAAGGAGACCGUCAUAGGUGCUAACUGCGUGAUUGGAGUUGGCGCCAGAUUGACGCGGUGUCUGGUCAUGGAUGGGGCCGUUAUUGGAGAGCGUGCCCAAUUGUCGGGGUGCAUCAUUGGGCGCAGGGCUCAAAUUGGUCGCGAGUGUGUUCUUAAGGACUGUGAAGUCCAGGACGGCAAUGUAGUUGAGGAUGACACUGAGGCGAAGAACGAGAAGUUCAUGGUUUUCGAAGGUCUUGAUGACGAUGAAGAUAUGGAUGGAGGGAAUUACGAGGACGACCAGGAUGACUAUUAGGUGAAAAACGCUUGAGCAGAAAGGAAAAGACAAAGAGAAUUAGAUUACUAAUGAAUUGAUGACACU